GCCUUUGGGUGAGGGGUUAUCUGAUAGGCAGUGCCUGGCUGCAGAGCUGGUGUGUGAGCAGAGAUACUUCAGGUGGUGGUACAAGAAGACUCGCAUAGAGAAGAAAUCUGCCUUCAUUGACCUCUUGUGUGCUGUUCCUCUGCAGCAGAUCUAUGGGUGCCCGCUGGGCGGGAUCGGGGGAGGCACCAUCACCCGUGGCUGGCGGGGUGAGUUUUGUCGCUGGCAGCUGAACCCUGGCAUUUAUCACUAUGAAACAGUCAUUGCUGACCAGUUCACGGUGUGCCUGCGUUGCAAGGGGCAGACGAUUUACCAGCAGGUCUUGUCUGUGGAGAGACCCAGCACUCUGCAGGGCUGGAACUGGGGAUACUGUGGUCACUAUGCCUUCUACCAUGCCCUGUACCCCCGUGCCUGGAUGGUCUAUGAGCUCCCGGGGCAAAAUGUGGUGCUCACUUGUCGCCAGGUCUCUCCUGUCAUCCCCCAUGACUAUAAGGACUCCAGCCUGCCAGUGGGAGUGUUCAUCUGGGAGGUGGAGAAUGGGAGGGAUGAGGACGUGGAUGUGUCCAUCAUGUUCAGCCUGCAGAACGGCAUGGGAACGAAGGAGGACAGGAGUGGAGGGCACUGGAACGAGCCCUUUGCCUUUGAGAAGGAGGGCGAGCGGGUUGCCGGAGUCCUGCUGCACCACUGCACACGUGUGAACCCCUUCACCCUGGCGAUCUCUGCCCGGGAGAAGGCUGGCACAGGAGUCACCCACUUCACGGCAUUCAAUCCUGCAGGAGUGGGUAGAGAAGUGUGGCAGGACCUUCUGCAGGACGGCAGGCUGGACUCCCCCGCUGGUAAAAGCAGCCCGACAGAGAAAGGGGAGGUGACAGCGGCAGCAGUGUGUGCCAGCUGCAGGGUGCCAGCCCGGGGGCACAGGACACUGGAGCUGGCCCUGGCUUGGGAUAUGCCCCAAGUUCACUUUGGCUCCAAGGAGAAGCUGCACCUCAGGCGGUACACCCGUUUUUUUGGCAGUGGAGGCGAUGCUGCUCCUGCCCUGUCACAUCACGCCCUGUUGCACUACGAGGAGUGGGAGAGGAAGAUCGAAAUGUGGCAGAAGCCUGUUCUGGAGAACAGGCAGCUGCCUUCCUGGUACAAGUCGGCCCUCUUCAAUGAGCUCUACUUCAUGACAGAUGGGGGGACCGUCUGGGUGGAGCUGCCCUCAGGCUGCCGUGCUGAGGACCUGCAGGGGCCAGCUGGUGCUGGCCUCUCCCACCUCCUCCCUGUCCUGCAGGAGUAUGGAAGGUUUGCUUAUUUGGAAGGUCAGGAGUACCGGAUGUACAACACCUAUGAUGUCCACUUCUACGCCUCCUUUGCUCUCGUCAUGCUGUGGCCCAAGCUGCAGAUCAGCCUGCAGUAUGACAUUGCUGUCACAGUGGUGAACGAGGAUGUCCAGCCCCGGCAGUACUUGAUGAGUGGUCAGACAGCCCAGGUGAAGCUGAAGAAUGUGGUGCCACAUGAUAUUGGGGAUCCAGGUGACGAGCCGUGGCAGCGUGUCAAUGCCUACCUGAUGCACGACACGGCCGACUGGAAGGACCUCAACCUGAAGUUUGUGCUGCAGGUCUACCGUGACUACUACCUGACACAUGACUGUCAGUACUUGCGGGACAUGUGGCCAGUCUGCCAGGUCGUGAUGGAGUCGGAGCUGAAGUUUGACACAGACAACGAUGGGCUCAUUGAAAACGGUGGCUUUGCUGACCAGACAUAUGACGCGUGGGUUGUACAUGGAGCCAGCGCCUACUGUGGGGGGCUGUGGCUGGCAGCUGUCUGCAUGAUGUGCAAGAUGGCUGAGGUGCUUGGGGACGCCAAGGCCCACCAGAAAUACACGGACAUCCUGACCAAGGGCAAGGAGGCAUUUGAGAGGAUGCUCUGGAAUGGAAAAUACUACAACUACGACAGCAGCAGGAGCGACACUUCCAGCAGCAUCAUGUCAGACCAGUGCGCCGGGCAGUGGUUUCUCGGGGCUUGUGGCCUGGAUCAAGAGGCAUUUGAG